AUGGCGGCAGUCGAUGUCUGCGCCCUGCUGCUCGCGGCGGCGCUGCUCCUCUCCGCGCCGGCCGCCACAGAGGCGUACAAUUCGCUAGAUCCGAACGGGAACAUCACCAUAAAAUGGGAUAUUAUGUCGUGGACUCCAGAUGGUUAUGUUGUGAGUAGCACUUCAACAUCUGUGUCUCUCAUCCGAACCUAUGAAUUAGGCCAGAAUUGA